UCUGGUGAAUGCCGACCCGCGGGGAACAGAUUUGAUUCCGUCGGUCUGAGUCACAGCUGGGGAGUCUCCCAGUCUGCAGUCACCUCUCCCUUAGAGGAAGACGGGGCAGAGAGCUUUUGUGGAGUGGAUGAGGCAGAGCUGAUUGAAUCUAGAGAAGUGAGACAAGAGGACGUUGGUUUCUGUUGCUGGGAGCUAAUUCUGAGGUGCUGAAUUGUUUUAGGGAGCCAACACCUACAGCUUGAUUUCUUCCUUUCCCUUAAGAAAACUUUUACUGGGAGACUUCCACUUGUUAAAUUCGUGUAUAUCUCCUGGAGAGCACCUCUCUCCUAAGCCACCAUCCUCCUCCUUGGGGCUCCUGUAGCUUGUGGGCCACUCUGACCCCAGGAUUGCCCUUCUAGGAGGCUGGACCACAGAGAAGGCUUCUCCUCUGACUUGAAAGUGGUCUAUUGUCUAGUUACCAAAAUUAUUCCUAGAUGACCAAUGAUAGCAUCAUUUGGGAGCUUGUGAGAAGUGAAAAAUCUCAGCUGGGAGCGGUGGCUAAUGCCUGUAACCUCAGCGCUUUGGGAGGCCAAGUUGGGCAGAUCACAAGGUCAGGAAAUGGAGAACAUCUUGACCAACAUGGUGAAACUCCGUCUCUACUGAAAAUACAAAAAAAUUAGCCUGGGGUGGUGGUUCGUGCCUGUAGUCCUAGCUACUCUGGAGUCUGAGGCAGAAUUGCUGGAACCCAGGAGGCAGAGGUUGCAGUGAGCUGAGAUUGCACCACUGCACUCCAGCCUGGGCAACAAGAGCAAAACUCAGUCACACACACAUACACACACACAAAUAGAAGUGAACAAUCUCAGGCCCAGCUCAGACCUGCUGAAUUAGAGUCUACAUUUUAAUAAGAUCCCAGGUGAUUCCUAAGCAAAUAGGUUUGAGAUGUACUGCCCUAGAGACUCGGAGUGUUGGCAAUGUUUUCCUUUUUCUUUUCUUUUUGAGAUAGGGUUUUCCUCUGUUGCCCAGUCUGGAGUAGAGUGGUGCGAUCUUGGCUCACUGCAACCUCUGCCUCCUGAGCUCAAGCGAUUCUCAUGUCUCGGCCUCCUGAGUAGCUAGGACUACAGGUGCACACGACAGCCUGGCUACAUUUUUUGUUUUUUGUAGAGUUGGGGUUUGGCCAUAUUGCCCAGGCUGGUCAUGAACUCCUUAGCUCAUGAGGUCAGCCUGUCAGCCUCCCAAAGUGUUGGGAUUACAGGCGUGAACCACGGCACCUGACCUGGAGUGGUGGCAAUUUUGAGACCAACCAGGUCCACCUGGUGCCUCUUUUUUUUUUUUCUUUUUUUGAGACGGAGUCUCACUCUGGCGAGCAAGCUGGAGUGCAGUGGUUUGAUCUCAGCUCGCUCCAGGCUCCACUUCCCAGGUUCAAGUGAUUCUCCUACCUCAGCCACCACGCCUGGCUAAUUUUUGUGUUUUUAGUAGAGACAAGGUUUCACCAUGUUGUCUAAGCAGAUCUCGAACUCCUGACCUCAAGUGAUCAUCUACCUGCCUCAGGCUUCCAAAGUGCUAGGAUUACAGACAUGAGCCACCGUGCUUGGUCCGGUGCCUCUUUUGUUACCUCACCACCUUCCGUCUGAGCCCACACUUCCUGUUAUGGGGUGGGAAGAGGUCUUGCAAUGAGAGGCAGUGUUUUUGGACUGCCCCCACUUGCUGUCCUCCUGUGCCUGAGGGCCUUGUGCAUAUUUGAGGGCAGCCAGCUCACCCUCUCCUCAGCACACCUUUUCUUUACUCUUCUCAGAGCUGCAUCUUCCUCCUAGUGGCACCAGAGAAGGGUCCUCAGCCUUGUACCUCUCCCUGGACAGUGUCAGUGCCUUUGCCUGACUUAGACAGGGCCUGCUCCUGCAGCUGUGUUCUGACUGCCGUGAAGGUAGCUGGACCUUUGGUCAGCUCACCACAGGACCCAUAUUCUCCAGAAUGUUCAGUUGGUGUUUAUAGUGUAUGCUGUUCGCUCUCAGUGUUUUGUUUGUUUCUUCAUUAGGGAAAUGCAUUUUGUUUCUUUCAAUUGCCUUCUUGUCCCCUUCCCUGCAAUGUAUCCUGGCUUCAUAGGGUUCAUCUUCCAUUAAAUUUAAAUGCAGAACUUUGCUUUUAUGCUGGUAAAGAUUUCCCCUUGUCAUUUUCGGUUGUGUUUCGGCCUGCUUUAGCCCGCUAAGACUCCCCUGCUACUCUGAAAGUUUCAUACAAAGGAAUUCAUCCAGUUCACAAGCUAUACUGUCUCCUCUUGGUUCUCCAAAGCAUGUGGAACGUCAGUUUUUUAAAAAGUGACUCCAGGGCCAGGUGCUGUGGCUCACCCCUGUAAUCCCAGCACUUCAGGAGGCCGAGGUGGGUGGAUCACUUGAGGUUAGGAGUUUGAGACCAGCUGGGGCAACAUGGCAAAACCCCAACUCUACUAGAAAUGCAAAAAUAAAAAAUGAAAAAUUAGCUGGGUUUGGUGGUGCAUGCCUGUAAUCCCAGCUACUUGGGAGGCUGAGGCAGGAGAAUUGCUUGAACCUGUGAGGCAGAGAUUGCAGUGAUAAGAUCGCACCACUGCACUUGAGCCUGGGUGACAGAGGGAGACUCCAUCUCAAAAACAACAACCACAACAAAAAGAUGACUUUAAUUCUCAAAGUUAUGAGCUGGCUCCACCACAGCCCUUUCCCCCUACCUCUCUGAAUCCACAAUUUUCUCUUAUUUAAGGGAGAGCCAGACCAAGAGGGCUAUGUGAUGGCUGAUAGACCUGAGCAAUCUAUUCUGUUACCUACUUGGCCUUAGCCCCUCUGACCUAAGCCAACCCCAUAUGCCUUGGUGCCCAGAGAAGAGAAGGGACUAGCAUCCAGGGCUCUGGGCCUCAGUUGAACACUUUCCUUAGUCACCAGCUAAGGAAGACCCAUCCUGGAUCAGAGAUCACUGUCACCCAGGCUGCCUACUCUGGAGAGGUGCUGUUGACUCACCUCUCCUGGCUGAAGUCGAAGCAGGUAUUGCUUUUACUAAAGACCCCUCUAAUCAAGGACCACGACUCCUGCCCAGGUGGUUUGGUUGUUCCCUGGCCUGGUCACUGAAGUAACCCAAACCAAACAUUCCAUCUUGGUUUUGUGGCCGGAACCAGAGAUUCCGUUUUGACACAGCACCUGAGAGAGCAGUUGGCAGGGAGCUGAGGAGGGACCGCCAGCAGUACUCUUUUUCUUCUGACAGCCUCGGUGAUGAAGGCUUCCUGAGGUCUUUCCCGGCCUUGGAAAUUUGAAUUUAUCGACACUGUUGGGGAGGACUCUAAGAUUCCAGAUUUCCUGAUGAACCUUCACAUUAGCAGUCUCCGAGAUAUCAAGCCUCUUUUUUCCUCCUCUCACUGAUAAGUCUUUAUCUAUCUGCCUCAGGAGAAAGGCCAAGAAUAAGGAGACAGGUGCCUUGGCUGCGGCCAAAGUCAUUGAAACCAAGAGUGAGGAGGAGCUGGAGGACUACAUCGUGGAGAUUGAGAUCCUGGCCACCUGUGACCACCCCUACAUCGUGAAGCUCCUGGGAGCCUACUAUCACAACGGGAAGCUGUGGAUCAUGAUUGAGUUCUGUCCAGGAGGAGCUGUGGAUGCUAUCAUGCUGGAGCUGGACAGAGGCCUCACAGAGCCCCAGAUACAGGUCGUUUGCCGCCAGAUGCUAGAAGCCCUCAACUUCCUGCACAGCAAGAGGAUCAUCCACCGAGAUCUGAAAGCUGGCAACGUGCUGAUGACCCUCGAGGGAGACAUCAGGCUGGCUGACUUUGGUGUGUCUGCCAAGAAUCUGAAGACUCUGCAGAAACGAGAUUCCUUCAUAGGCACGCCUUACUGGAUGGCCCCCGAGGUGGUCAUGUGUGAGACCAUGAAGGACACGCCCUACGACUACAAAGCCGACAUCUGGUCCCUGGGCAUCACGUUGAUUGAGAUGGCCCAGAUCGAGCCGCCACACCACGAGCUCAACCCCAUGCGGGUCCUGCUAAAGAUAGCCAAGUCGGAUCCUCCCACGUUGCUCACGCCCUCUAAGUGGUCUGUAGAGUUCCGUGACUUCCUGAAGAUAGCCCUGGAUAAGAACCCAGAAACCCGGCCCAGCGCUGCGCAGCUGCUAGAGCACCCCUUCGUCAGCAGCGUCACCAGUAACAAGGCUCUGCGGGAGCUGGUGGCUGAGGCCAAAGCUGAGGUGAUGGAGGAGAUCGAAGACGGCCGGGAUGAGGGGGAAGAGGAGGACACCGUGGAGGCCGCCUCUACCAUGGAGAACCAUACUCAGAACUCCUCUGAGGUGAGUCCGCUGAGACUCAACACAGACAAGCCUCUCAAGGAGUCACCUUCCACCCCGCUGGCACCCAGCCAGCCUCAGGACAGUGUGAAUGGACCCUGCAGACAGCCUUCUGGGGACGGAUCCCUCCAAACCACCAGUCCCCCAGACGUGGCCCCUGGAAAUGAGAACGGCCUGGCAGUGCCUGUACCCCUGAGGAAGUCCCGGCCCAUGUCAAUGGAUGCUAGAAUUCAGGUAGCCCAGGAGAAGCAAGUUGCCGAGCAGGGUGAGGACCGCAGCCCAGCAGCCAACAGAUCCCAAAAAGCCAGCCAGAGCCGACCCAACAGCAGCGCCCUGGAGACCUUGGGUGGGGAGAAGCUGACCAAUGGCAGCCUGGAGCCCCCUGCCCAGGCAGCUCCAGGCCCUCCCAAGGGAGACUCAGACUGUGGCAGCCUCUGCACCUCUGAGAGCAUGGACUUCGGUACCAAUCUCUCCGCCGACCUGUCCCUGAACAAAGAGAUGGGCUCUCUGUCCAUCAAGGACCCGAAGCUACACAACAAAACCCUCAAGCGGACACGCAAAUUUGUGGUGGAUGGUGUGGAGGUGAGCAUCACCACCUCCAAGAUCAUCAGCGAAGAUGAGAAGAAGGAUGAGGAGAUGAGAUUUCUCAGGCGCCAGGAACUCAGAGAGCUUCGGCUGCUCCAGAAAGAAGAGCAUCGGAACCAGACCCAGCUGAGUAAUAAGCAUGAGCUGCAACUGGAGCAAAUGCACAAACGUUUUGAACAGGAAAUCAACUCCAAGAAGAAGUUCUUUGACACAGAAUUAGAGAACCUGGAGCGUCAGCAAAAGCAGCAAGUGGAGAAGAUGGAGCAAGACCAUGCUGUGCGCCGCCGGGAGGAGGCCAAGCGGAUCCGCCUGGAGCAGGAUCGGGACUACGCCAGGUUCCAAGAGCAGCUCAAACUGAUGAAGAAAGAGGUGAAGAAUGAGGUGGAGAAGCUCCCCCGACAGCAGCGGAAGGAGAGCAUGAAGCAGAAGAUGGAGGAACACACACAGAAAAAGCAGCUUCUUGACCGGGACUUUGUAGCCAAGCAGAAGGAGGACCUGGAGCUGGCCAUGAAGAAGCUCACCGCCGACAACAGGCGGGAGAUCUGUGACAAGGAGCGUGAAUGCCUCAUGAGGAAGCAGGAGCUCCUUCGAGACCGGGAAGCGGCCCUGUGGGAGAUGGAGGAGCACCAGCUGCAGGAGAGGCACCAGCUGGUGAAGCAGCAGCUCAAAGACCAGUACUUCCUCCAGCGGCACGAGCUGCUGCGCAAGCAUGAGAAGGAGCUGGAGCAGAUGCAGCGCUACAACCAGCGCAUGAUAGAGCAGCUGAAGGUGCGGCAGCAGCAGGAAAAGGCGCGGCUGCCCAAGAUUCAGAGGAGUGAGGGCAAGACUCGCAUGGCCAUGUAUAAGAAGAGCCUCCACAUCAACGGUGCAGGCAGCGCGGCUGAGCAGCGUGAGAAGAUCAAGCAGUUCUCCCAGCAGGAGGAGAAGAGGCAGAAGUCAGAGCGGCUGCAGCAACAGCAGAAACACGAGAACCAGAUGCGGGACAUGCUGGCCCAGUGUGAGAGCAACGUGAGCGAGCUGCAGCAGCUGCAGAAUGAAAAAUGCCACCUCCUGGUAGAGCAUGAGACCCAGAAGCUGAAGGCCCUGGACGAGAGCCAUAACCAGAACCUGAAGGAAUGGCGGGACAAGCUUCGGCCGCGCAAGAAGGCUCUGGAAGAGGAUCUGAACCAGAAGAAGCGGGAGCAGGAGAUGUUCUUCAAGCUAAGCGAGGAGUCAGAGUGCCCAAACCCCACCACCCCAAGCAAGGCCACCAAGUUCUUCCCCUACAGUUCUGCAGAUGCUUCUUAACAACCGCCCAGGGCUGUGGCUGGCAGCCUGGGGGGGCCCCAGGGCCUUCUCCUUCAUUCUCUGUGAACAAGUAACUCAGGACCUCUUUUCCCUCUUGCAUCUGUGCCAGCUCAAAUCCAGCCCCUCGCCCUGUGCCACCCCAGCUGUGCCCGGCAGACCCUCCCCGGCAUUCCUGACUUCUCACUCACCUGUGAAGGGCGAGGUGUUAUUAUGUGUCCCCUGACCCUAAUGUAUGUUCUCCUUGAGCCCCAGAUCCCUUCAAGCUGGAAGGGAUGGGGCUGUUGGGGUCAGGGUCCAGGAGGAAUGGGUGUUCUGUCGCCUCAAGUCUUUUCUGUUUGCCAAAAUACCAGUUUUGCUCUCUCUGGGCACAAAGCACUGCUGAUGAAAACUCCAUGGGCUCAUCUGACCGUAAUUCUUGGUGGUUUUUCAGUCAUUCCCAGAAGAGUCACGGAAUCAUUGAGCCAUUUGUGUUCCCGGUGGAGCCCAGCCUGCAGCUGGCUGCUCAGGAGAUGGCCUCAUUCAUCCUGUUCUCCCAGUUUGCUUUCCACUUAAGAUAAGGCCAUGUCUAUGUGGGAGGUGGGGACCGGGGAAAGAGGGAGGCUGAAAUGUUUAUUCUGCUUCUUGAGGGUUUCAUGCCAUCUCACGUCCCUCUUCCUGCACACACGUGUGAACGCACGAACACACACAGGACUUGGUCUGCUGGCCUGGCCUCUUCUGCCCAGGUGGAUUGGAACACAUUUGCUGCCUGAGCCUGUGCCACUGAGUGUGUUAGGUGGAGCAGUUGGUGUGGUGCGUGCGGGGUGUUGGCACCAGAGGCACAGAGCAGCACAGGCUGUACUGCCAGGCUUCGACUCAUGCUGGUCCCACACAGGCUCCUGUGUUCAGGGACUAAUUCCUCAGCACACAAGGCUUCCACAACCCUGUCUGCUCCAGAGUACUCUUGCCCACCCUGUCUGCAGGUGAAACAGGAGGGCUGUUUCCUCUGCCCCAUCCCCGCCCCACCAUGUACAGGACUCCCACCUUGCAUUUCAGACCUGGGCUGGCAGUCUCUUGGACUUACCUUCAGGAAGAAAAAGCAUCAGGGAGAAAUGGAAUGCCCCCUGCCCCAGGAACCUGGCAGAAGCACAGGUUCUGUACCUCAGAUAGACCCCUGGGCCUUCGCUUCUCAGUUGGCUUCUCCCAGAUUGCGAUCCCAUGGCAGCACUGUAUAUAACUCAAUAAAAGCAAAUGUUCAAAUA